UAUCAUUAUGGCUGACUACUUGACUUCACUUGCCUCUUUAUUUAAUCUUAGUCUUUAGCUAAGAAUUUAAUCACACCAUACUAGCUAACACACAACAUUCGAUGGCAUAUUCUCAUUUCUCUAGUUCAUCUGCUUUUAAUGUUCCUCUAAUCAAACAUGAUGUCUUUGUCAGUUUUCGAGGAACAGACAUUCGCACUAAUUUUCUUAGUCAUUUGACAACAAACUUGAAGCGUAAUCAAAUUGAUUUCUUUGUUGACGAUGAAAAGCUUCAUCCUGGAGAUGAGAUUUCAUCCACCCUCCUUCGAGCAAUCGAGCAAUCAUAUAUUUUAUUGGUCAUCUUUUCCGAACACUAUGCUUCUUCAAGAUGGUGUCUGGAGGAGCUUGUGAAGAUUAUUGAAUGCAUGGAACAGUAUGAAAGGAUUGUGAUACCUGUUUUUUAUAAUGUUGAUCCUUCUCAUGUAAGGUAUCAAAAAGGAACUUUUGCAGAAGCUUUUGAUGUCCACAAAAAAAGAUAUGAAGAAGAAAUUAUGCAGAAUUGGAAAUGUGUUCUCAAAAAGACGGUAAAUUUAUCUGGAAUUCAUUAUCCAUCAAAAUAUCGGUAAGAUCUUUCACCAUCAAAGUAUAUGCUUUUGUUAUGUAGCCUCUUUUACUAUUUAUUGUUUAAUUUUAUAUUUGUUACCCCUAUAGUGAGUUAAUCAUUGCUCCUACAUCAAAUUAGUUUAGUUUAAAUAGAUUAAUAGAAAAAUCAUAUCUAUACCAUUUUCUAUAUAAUUUUUGUUGUAUUUGUUUUAGGUAAAAAAAUCAUUUUUUUAUUUCUUAUGAAUCACUUCUAAUAUUAAAGUUAACAAAUGUAUAAAAAAGUGUACACAAAAAUACAUAUAACAUUCUUUCUUUAAAUAUUGUUGGCUAAAAUCUAAAUAUUAAGAGAGAGAGAGAGAGAGAUGUAUCUAGCAAGCAACAAUCAUAGCAACUAGGAAGGAAUAUAUUAUGGGCACUGAUAGGUAAACAAUGACAUUUUGAAUAACCACCAAUUAAAUAAAAAUACAGUAUACCCUAAUUUAAUGCUACUAAUUACAUUUAAAAUUAAUUUAUUCUUUUAACCCUAUUAAUUCAUAUUGUUUACACAUUAUUCAAAAAUGUUGUUGGUUACCUGUACUUUUCCAUAUAUUAUAUACAUAGGUGAGUUUUAUCGUAUCCCUCUUAA